AUGGAUUCCCCUUGGAAAUUCGAGCAGUACACGCCCUCUUCGGCCUGUGAAAUCUCCCCGCCUCGACCUCUGGACGCCGAUCAAUUUGCCAGUGAAAGCGCCGAGGUUGUCAGACUCACUAAGCUCCUCGCCGCUCUCCCCUAUGAUCCCGAGACCUGGCUGAAUCGGGGCAACUGCCUCCGUCUCCUCGGCUAUCCCGAGCUCGGCCUCGGCGAUACAUACAAAGCCCGCCUCUUGGUUGAAGCUGGCCUCCUUGACACUGACACCGACACCGACACCGACACCGACACCCCGUCGACUCUUGGAGAUCAAGUCCGCCAGGCCUACCGCAAGAAGACUCAUGCCCUGCACACCACAGAUCCGGCCUGGAUCAAAUGCGCUUCCGCCGUAUCGACGCCUGAGCUACUCGCCCAAAGAGCCAACGAGAUGCUGAAGAGGCUCGAGUUGCAAAUUUGGACGGAGCUCAUGGAGGGAUUGAUGGCAGCAAAUUGCUGCGUCGACUAUGGACGGAUGAGUCGCGAAGCGGUAGAUAAAUUCCCAGAAGAUGAGGUUUUCCCCAGUGAAGUCGCCAACGCCGAUGCAUGGUAUGCUCAGCGGAAGGACAUCUUACAGCCUCAAGUGGACAGUGGAGAGAUGGCCGAGUCACAGAUGGCGUCGACUAUCUUGAACGGAGGAGUAUAUCCAGUCGCGUACCCGUUCAUGACCGAGGACCUCCUGAUUCGGAACGAAGAGGUGUUCCAGGGUAUCGUGGAGGACUUCGAGAGGGCUUCGACGAACGGUACGGUGGUCCGAAGUACGAUUCGCAACACUACAGGAGCCGACGGAGAGGAAUUCACCGAGGACGAUUGCAUCGGCGUGGUCGCGACACGAGAGAUCGCCACAGGCGAGACAAUCCUAAUUGACAGAAUGUCUGCCGGCACCGUGGCUGUUGAUGCGGAUCCCAGCGGUUGCCCGACAUGCUGCGCCAGCCCCGUUGAGAGUUUCCGGAACGCCUGUUGCAACGUCCUGUACUGCUCUCAGGUCUGCGCCGAUGUGGCGUUGGAGACUUUCCACGUUCCGAUCUGUGGCAAAGACUUCGAGUACCUCUACACCGCUGCGAGGACAGCAACUGCCACGACCGAUUUCUCCCUCGACGCUCUCUUGCUGAUGAGGGCCAUCGCCCUCAGUCUCGCGGAGGACUUGGGCCAUCCACUCCAAAGCCAAGCCAUGGUCAGACUCACGCCCGCCUACGGGUUCCGAGAACCCAACCUCAUCAUCUUCAACUUCGCGGACCACAUCCAAACGCCCAUCUCGAUCCUCCAGACCCUCGGCAUCAACAUCUUCACGAACCCGCUCUACGACACCUGGGUCCUGCACACCAUGAGGUGCCGCCUGCAGAAUAACAAGCACGGCCAGACCCUCGGCGACUGGCCGGGCACCGGCAUCAGCGGCCUCUACAGCAUGCUGAACCACAGCUGCAGCCCGAACGUCGACUGGCGGCACGACUCGGCCAGCAGCGAGGUGACGCUGUUCGCGACGCGGGACUGUACGAUAGGAGAGGACCUCUGCAUCAGCUACAUUGGACCCGCGGGUAAUGCUCUGCCGGUGGCGGAGCGCAGGAAGAAGCUGAUGGGCUGGUUCGGUAUGCCUUGUCGGUGUGCGAAAUGCACCCGGGAAGCUUUAGCUGCUCACGACGAGGUCCUGGAUCUCGCUGCUGCUGCUACUGCAGAGCUAACAUUGGAGGAACCUGAAGAGUGA